UUUCCCAUUUUUGUUUCCUCCAUCCAGUAUCUGCAGAUGAAAUGGCCACUGCUUGAUGUUCAGGCAGGGAGCCUUCAGAGUAGACAAGCCCUCAAGGAUGCUAGGUCUCCAUCUCCAGCACACAUUGUUUCUAACAAAGUGCCAGUUGUGCAGCACCCGCACCAUGUACACCCUCUUACGCCGCUUAUCACAUACAGCAAUGAGCACUUCACACCAGGAAACCCUCCUCCACACUUACCAGCCGACGUAGAUCCAAAAACAGGAAUUCCAAGACCUCCACAUCCUCCAGACAUAUCUCCUUAUUAUCCCCUAUCACCAGGCACUGUAGGACAAAUCCCCCAUCCGCUAGGAUGGUUAGUACCACAGCAAGGUCAGCCAGUGUACCCAAUCACGACAGGGGGUUUCCGCCACCCUUACCCAACAGCUCUGACUGUCAAUGCUUCCAUGUCAAGGUUUCCUCCACACAUGGUCCCGCCACACCAUAGUUUACAUACAACUGGAAUCCCUCAUCCGGCCAUAGUCACACCAACAGUCAAACAAGAAUCUUCCCAGAGUGACGUCGGCUCACUCCACAGCUCAAAACAUCAGGACUCCAAAAAAGAAGAAGAGAAAAAGAAGCCACACAUAAAGAAACCUCUUAAUGCAUUUAUGUUGUAUAUGAAGGAAAUGAGAGCAAAAGUUGUAGCAGAAUGCACAUUGAAAGAGAGCGCAGCCAUCAACCAAAUCCUUGGUCGAAGGUGGCAUGCGUUAUCCAGAGAAGAACAAGCGAAAUACUAUGAACUAGCAAGAAAGGAACGACAGCUUCAUAUGCAGCUGUACCCGGGCUGGUCCGCACGGGAUAACUAUGGAAAGAAGAAGAAGAGGAAAAGGGAUAAGCAGCCAGGAGAGACCAAUGAACACAGCGAAUGUUUCCUAAAUCCUUGCCUUUCACUUCCUCCGAUUACAGACCUGAGCGCUCCUAAGAAAUGCCGAGCGCGCUUUGGCCUUGAUCAACAGAAUAACUGGUGCGGCCCCUGCAGGAGAAAAAAAAAGUGCGUUCGCUACAUACAAGGUGAAGGCAGCUGCGUCAGCCCACCCUCUUCAGAUGGAAGCUUACUAGACUCUCCUCCGUCCUCCCCCGCCAUGCUCGCCUCCCCCUCCAGAGACUCGAAACCACAGACUGAACAAACGCAACCCCUCUCGCUCUCCCUGAAGCCCGACCCGCUGGCGCACCUGGUCAUGAUGCCGCCGCCAUCCUCGCUCGUCCUCGCCGAGAGCGCUGCGAGCAAGCCCGGCGCCCUGCCUGCCGCCAGCUGCCCCAACGGGGCCCUGGACCACGCGCCGGCCGCCCUCCCGCCGGCCGCAUCCCUCGCACAGCCCUCCACCUCCUCCCUACAUUCCCACAGCUCGCUGGCGGGGCCGCAGCCCCAGCCGCUGUCCCUCGUAACCAAGCCCUUAGAAUAGCUUUAGCCUCUGUCGCCCUUUCGGUUUCCUUCGGGGGGGUUGGAUUCUGUUGGGAUUUGGGUUUUGUUUUGUUGGGUUUUUUUUUCCUUUUUGUUUGUUUUUUUUUUUUUCUUCUCCUUUUUUUUCUUUUCCCUCUCCUCCUCGUCGUCGUCCACCGUUCGUCGUCGUUUCUCGGUUUCGUUUCCAGUUCGUGCCACGUGGCUACAUUAGUUGAUGUUUUAUCGAGUUCAUUGGUCAAUAUUUGACCCAUUCUUAUUUCAAUUUCUCCUUUUUAAAUAUGUAGAUGAGAAAAGCCUCAUGAUUCUGCCAAAAUUUUUAUCAACAGCUGUUUAAAGUCUUUGUAGCGUUUAAAAAAUAUAUAUAUAUACAUAAUUGUUAUGUAGUUCCAAUAGCUUAGUUUUAAAGACUGAUUUUAAAAAUUUAAAAAAAAAAAAAAAAAAAAAGAAGCAAUUUUGAAGCAGCCCUUGCCGGAGGCAUUGGUUCUUUAUUAUUUGUAUUAAAUACGAGCUUGCGAACCAAUCAUUUUACAUCUGGUUUUUAGACCUUUAAGGGCACGGUGAAUGCAGUGCCGCUACUACUUCUUUUUUUUUUUUCCUUCCUCGUGUGAAACAACCUUUAUUGUGAUGUUACUUGUUAUUGUUUAAAUGUACAGAAACAAAGGGUUAAAAAAAAAAAUGUGUUAAUAUACCUUGUUCCAUGGUGUUGUUCUUUUUGGGGGAGGGAACGCUACUCAACAAUUAAAAGUAUCACAACGCUAUUGGACCAGUAGUAUUUAUUGCUUUAGAAAUUGCUUGUUGUAUCUGUAUGUUGUCCCUUUUUAAAUGGUUUUUUUCCUCUUUUUUUUUUUCUUGAAACAUUGUAUAAAGUUUUUUUUUUUUUGCCCUUAGUGUAAGCAUCUUAUAUAUAACAACUCAUUUGUACAAGGUUUUUAAGUUUAUAUAUAAAUGUGUAUAUAUAUAUUUUUUCCAGGAUUUUUUGUUUUUUGACUUCCUUUCGUGAUUUAUUUUUUUCUGUAUGAAACACAGUUGCCACCAGACGGACAUUCGCUGACGCAUUUGUCAAGGAACAAUAGUGUAAAAAAUAAAAGAAAUCGCUUUAAAAGCCAUUAGACACACACACACACACACACACACACACAAAGAGACUUGAACAUUGAGCAAGGGAAUUUUUCGCAACGCUGUUUGAAAAAUAGCAAGGUCCAAGUGUGUCCCGUUCAGAACUGCAGCUGGAUCCCCUGCGACAUUAGGACUGUAGGCUGUGUGCAAAAUCUCCAUGUGCCAAAAUUCUCAGUGACUUUUAACUUUCUCCCGACAACUUUCUUAUUUUAUUUUAUUUUUUAAUGCUGUAAUUUUUUUGUUCAUCAUGUUUUGCUGUGAUGUUACAUAGGUAGAUAUGUAUGUAGUUUUAAUGUCACCUAUAACAGACGUGUUUGGUAGCAGAUUGUCCGGAAAGCAUUUAAAAUGAAGAGGUAUAAACCCUUAAGGGCCAAAUUCUGUAUAUUAGAUUAUUCAUAAAAGGAAAAUCAGACUGCCACUUUUAUGUACACUUACUACAUACAGGUAGGUAGCAAACUUAAAACAAAAAAAAAAACCUAGGCAUGUUGAUGUUGCAAAAAACGCUGUAUAAAGCUGAAAAAUUGUUCAUCUGUUCAUUCAGUGCCAUUGUAGUUGACAUGAAGCGAUUGUAAAACUGUCUCAGAUUUUUCUCUGGUUUAUUAAGAUGCUAACUAUAACAUUUUUUGUGAAUACUUUGAAUGUUUCCUAACAGUUGUGAUGUUACUGUUCCGUUUUAUGCUCUUAUUCCAAUUUUCAUUUUUAAUGGUUUGGAAGCCAUUUUUUGUAAUGAAUAAAUGUUCAUGCUGUACAGUAUCUGUAGCAUGCAGUUCUGGAUUAAUAAAAGCAACUUAGUAUGUGCAGA